ACAUCUCACGUUAUCACAAACAGGUACAGGAGAAAGAAGCUGUGCGAUUAUCUUGUUAAGAAGAUACCAAGGUUAAUGGCUACCAAUGAAAAUGUAUCAUCUACAGUGAUAGAAAACAACGAUCCGUCAACAGAUUUUACAGGUACACAUGAAGUUCAAGAAUGUAUUGAAGGUGAAGACGAGGCCCAGCUGGAAGUUUACAAUAACAACUGUCCGAAACCUCACGGCGGUUACAUCCCCGUCAACAACCUCACCCUUGAACAUUUUCCGGUCGGUUACCAUGACGACGAUCUGUUAGAGUUCACCCGUGUGCUCUGCGCACUUACGGUCAGGAUAACCGUCAAGUAUAUCAGCCCAAACAGACCCGAGUUUUUACCAGGCACUAAAGACCCAUACCCGUUUUACAGUUCUAGAGGAAAGAAAAUCUUGACGAGAGGAACUGGGGUCGCGUACCCGACGUUUAAAUGCGUUGCAGGAACCGAGGGGAGGUCGACGUGCCCGUGUGUGGAGUGUGAGGUGUCCGGGACCCCCCGGGAUAUCUGGUAUCAGGUCGAGAUUUCAACUGCCCGGCACGUGAUUUACGAUGUGAGUGAGGCGAGAAAAUCAACGUGCAGAUUAUGGUUUGACGAUGACGCAAGUCUUGAUGUCAGCGUCGUUGGUUAUAAAUUGGUGGAGUUAAACCCCCUAGAUGAUAACUGUUUCCUGUUUUGCGCCACACAUGAUUUUAAAAUCCACGAAAAGCUCGAAAAGAUUGUUUCGCCAUUUUUACACCUGCAUAUGAAACUAAGAGAAAAAUACUCCAAUGAUGAUGAAAAGCUAAUGAUCAUAGUCUCCCACCCGCACGGAUGUUCUAAGCAGGUCUCGCUCGGUAGGUGGUUGAACAGGAAAAAUGUUAACGGCUACACCAGGUACACAUACACCAACUGUACCUGCCGAGGUAGCAGCGGAGCGCUGGUCUACAGACUGGGGUGCUGGUGGCCCAGGCACCCCCACAGUGGGGUAAACACUGAAGGCAUCAACUACAGCGGCAAAACAUGGGAUUUGUUGAACACACCACCUGAAUAACAAGAUACAACCUUGAUAUAUAUAUAUAU